UCUCGCGCACGCGGCGUGGCCCCCUCGUGCUGUUGUCGGAUCGGACGGCUCACUGCGCCCACCGCGACGGACGGAGCAAGGUGGUGGCCGUCGGAAACCGGUCCCCCCUCCCUGGGUACGCGCGCGAUCACCGGCGGCGAGGAACGAGCGAAGCAGUGCGACGGCGAGGGCUCUGUCCCAACGCAGCAGCAGCAGCAGCAACAGUGCGCGAAAUAACGCAGCCGCGGAGUGCGCAAAACGACGAACGCGCGCGGCAGGUCGUCGCGAGUGCGACCCUCCCUGGUGGCCUGCUGGCCCAGCGCCGGUCCCCGAAGUAACGGGAAACAAGAAGAAGAAGGAAGGAAGGAAUGCCCGCCGAGGCGGCCUCCGCUGCCAGCGCGGAAGUCGCGCUGCCUGCGCCGGGAACGUGAUCAAUGCCGGCGACGCCGAUUUCGUCCGCUGGUUCGGCGUGUGCGCCCUGUCAUCACCCGAGUCGCCGUCGUUGCUGGAAAUGGUAGCCGUUGGAAGGGAAUACGCCAACCGGUCACAACAGCGACGUGAUGGAAAUUCGAUGGACAGCGCUAAUCAUCACCAGUGCCUGUCUGUGUAUCAGCGGAGCCUUGGUCUCAGCGGCUUCUGCCAAGUACUACACUUCAGUCACACCCUGGAAACAAUGGACUAUUGGGAGGAGGCCAUGCGAAGGCGUGCAAGGCGAAACCGGCUUUUGCAUGUUCAACUGGGAAUGCAUCCGCCAGGAAGGUACUAUGCUGUCCGCCUGCAUGGACGGCUUUCUACUGGGCGCCUGUUGCAAGCUUCCUGACGAAGCAAACGUCACAACGGCCGCCUGGACUGAGGCGAGCACGUACACGACCCAGGACUUGUCCAAAGUCAACAGCGUCGUCACAGUCGACGCCAGUUCUCUGGCGUCUACAUCUGACACGCACCCGGAAGCAUCGCGUCUUCCUCCCAGCACGACGACGACGACGACAACGACUGAAGCACCAACGACAGUCAGCACGAGACCGACGGUGUUUUCAAGACCCAGGCCUACGACGUUGUGGCCUGUGCUGAGGCUGCCCACAACGCUGAAGCGGCCAGUAGUCGUGCGUCCAACGCAACCGCCGCAGGCGACGACUUUGACUAAUCAUCACAAGCCACCAAGCGUCACUGCACCGGCCGUGACCACAUGGAUGACGACACGGCCCAACAUACUAUUCACGCCGACCAAAUUAGCCAUGCGCCCUUCGCCGUUCGUCCCGUCAACUAUGUACGUGCAACGACCCUCACUGCAAGCUGUGCUCGCAAGCACGCCCAUUGGGGUGCUUAGUUCUUUGCUAACAAGGCCUUUCCUUCGGCCAGUCACGACGGCCAUGAAAGUGCGCCCGACGAUGGCCACGUUGAAACCGGCCAAGAAAACUACAGUGGUGACCACGCAGUCCGAUUCAGCGACCACGCCCGCGCAAGAAGAUACAUAUACCGCAGCGCAGACAUUUUCGCUGCCUACGCCAACGAAAAAGUACGUAACAGUGACAGAGACGCCGUCGCAAACUGUGACGGUGUACGAUUCUCCAAGCACAGCCCCGUCGCAGACAAUGCCUGCUCAAAAGUACGUGUCUACCACUGAAUCCAUGUUGCAAACUACUUCGACGCAUGAGUACGAGUCUCCGACUUCGAUUCUGGCACACUAUACCACUCCGCAAAAGUACGGAGCCUCGUCAACUCACUAUCCGAUAUCUCAGUCCUCGUUUCACACAGUGCCAUCUACCACCGGGGGAUUCGCAUCCCAUGCUGUCAGCAGGCUUCCACCAUCAACACUGAAUGACCUUUCGGAUCUGAAUGUUGAAGUAAAAACUCCUGUUUAUCACACGAGCCUCGGCGCACUUGUGCCCACGAAAGACGGAAACGCGCCUACAACACGUCAUCCCGAGUUCGUUGAUCUAACGGAGAUGACCACAACGCGGCCACCACCGACGAACGUGAUGGAGUACACUUUGGACUUCAACGCCGAAGAUCGACCAACGGUGACCGAGCACGUGUAUAGCACCGCAACUGGCCAGACGUCAUUUGGAGAGGUCACGGACGUCACCGUUUCUAACGUCGCUUCGGCGGUCGCAUCGUCUUCGACGGAGCCGUACUCUACGCCGCGGCCGUCCACGACGACCAAGAAGCUCAAGACGCGCUCACCGACGAUGACGCAAACAAAGGCUCGACCGUCGACAGUAGCCUCCAAGCCCGUCCCGACCAAGCCCCGCCCGCCAUGGUCCCCAACGACAAUUUCCAACGACAUACAGCACAUGACCUAUCCUUCAAAGGCGACGCUGUGGCCGUCGACCCUCUUCAAAAUUCCGCAGAGGACAACGCUCGCCACGAGGCCUGCGCAAAGCACACUGUUUACGAGCACCGCCACUGCGCCUGUGUCGACCGAUCAGGUCCACCUGAGCUCGACCACGCCUCAAACGGCGCCCACGCUGCCUAAGCGCACAAAGAAGCCGACCAAGACUACGACGACGAUGGUGGUGGGUGAGCCGAUACCGGUGAGAACGACAAUGUCGAUGACAACCGCGACGAAGCCAAAAAGCACGCCGAAGCCUACGAAGCCAGUCCUUGCCUUGCCGGCUCGUCCCGCGAAGCCCACAAAGACGCCGCUGCCCAACAAGCCGCCACCAAAGAAGAGUACCCCGAAGCCACCGUCAAAGAUACCACCGCCGUUAAGCACGUUCACGCACGCCUCAACAACGGGCGUGAAGCCGACAAUGGAGCCCGUCGUUAACGGCACGGGUCUGCCGACAGCAACGAGCAGUCAACAGUGGGACUACCGUAAACACUGCGGAGUCAGGCCGCUACAUCCCCAGGGCCGGAUCGUCGGCGGAAGGAACUCGUUCAUCGGUGAAUGGCCGUGGCAAGUGCUUGUGAAGGAAGCUACGUGGCUCGGCCUGUUCAUAAAGAAUAAGUGUGGCGGCGUCUUGAUCAGCGACAAGUACGCACUGACUGCAGCCCACUGCCAGCCGGGGUUCCUGUCAUCGUUGCUGGUGAUCCUGGGCGCGCACGACCUGUCUGGAAACAUCGGGCGGUUCAAGCCGGUGUCCAUUCCCGUGCGGCGCAUGAUCGUGCAUCGCAGCUACAACCCGGCCACCUUCGAGAAUGACCUGGCGCUGCUCGAACUGGAGCGGCCGGUCGUGUUCCAGCCGCACAUCGUGCCCAUCUGCCUGCCUGGAAGGAACGAGGAUUUCACGGGGAUGCCUUCAUAUGUCACAGGAUGGGGAAAGCUGUCCCACGGUGGGUCGGUGCCGAAUGUGCUGCAGUACGUGCAGGUGCCAAUACUGAGCAACCAGAAGUGCCAGAAGAUGUUCAUGCUGGCCGGACACGUCAAGGCCAUCAGGGACAACUUCGUCUGUGCUGGCUACGACGGAGGCAACCGAGACUCCUGCGAGGGCGACUCGGGCGGGCCGCUGACACUGCUGCGGGACGACGGGCGCUGGGUGUUGGUAGGCACUGUAUCGCACGGGAUCCGAUGCGCCGAGCCCAACAUGCCCGGGGUCUACAUGCGGACAUCUGCGUACCGCCCCUGGAUCGACAGUGUCACCGGCCAGAAGUCCUGACGACCGCGGCGCGCCCUCUUCACGUCCUCUCACCAAAAUACCGUCACGUGAAUGCCUCCUCACUUCCUCGUGUGGCGCCGCGAAUUUUCAAUUUUCCUGCCUUCCGUUUGUUGGAUCUGUCACCAGGAGGAAGGCUGCGAGGAUGGUUUCACUCUACGCAAGACGAGCAGGACUUGCAGUGUACUCCCGACAAUCAUUCUGUUCGAAGAACACCAUUACCAUCUCGGAAAGUUCAUCACUGUGGUUAUUCAUAUCAAGUGUUUUCUUUAUCAAUUCCUGGCAAAGCCUUCUUAGCAACCCUCUUAACUCAGAAGCGCCUUUGCGGAAGCUAUGAGUGAAAUCAAAGAAAGGAGACGUCGCAAGUUAGUAGCAGUGAUUUAGCAAGAACAAGAAGAUAGCUGAUCGCUGAACACUUAGUGUGCGGGCCCUCGUUUGUCUGAGUGACUGACCGACUGUGAAUUUGUGCGCGUGUUGUUCCUGGUCUGUGUCACAUGGGUAAACGACGAGCUGCGGAGCGAAAAGUCGUAAGAUAUGCCUUUCUUGUUACGGGAUUAUGAAAUUAUCAUUCUCGUUCUAACCACGGACCCAAACCUGGACAAUGUCUCAUUUCUAUUUAUUCAUUUUAAGUAUUUAUUUUGACAAAGGACAAUCUCGUGUGGGAGUGAAAUCGGCAAAUAAAGGCAGAAAAUCAUGA